AUGGCUCAGAAUGAUUACAUGGAUUUACACAGGAAGAGGCAUGGACAGCGCCUCGAUCACCAGGAGCGUAUGCGCAAGAAGAAGGCGCGUGAAGCUCACAAUCACUCCAAAAGAGCUCAGAAGUCUCUAGGUCUCAAGGGUAAGAUGAUUUCGAAGAAAAACUAUUCAGAGAAAGCUCUCAUGAAGAAAACAUUGAAAAUGCACGAGGAGUCAUCAUCAAGGCGUAGGACUGAUGAGGAUGUUCAGGAGGGAGCUGUUCCUGCUUAUCUUCUUGAUCGUGAGAAUACCUCUCGGGCCAAGGUUCUUAGCAACACCAUCAAACAAAAGAGGAAAGAGAAAGCUGGGAAAUGGGAGGUUCCUCUGCCAAAGGUCCGUCCUGUUGCUGAAGAUGAAAUGUUCAGAGUGAUCCGGUCUGGAAAGAGGAAAAUAAAACAGUGGAAGCGGAUGGUUACGAAAGCUACAUUUGUUGGACCUGGUUUCACAAGGAAGCCACCAAAGUACGAGCGGUUCAUCCGCCCAUCAGGACUUCGUUUCACCAAGGCUCAUGUGACUCACCCUGAACUUAAAUGUACUUUCUGUCUUGAGAUCAUUGGAAUUAAGAAGAAUCCAAACGGUCCAAUGUAUACAUCACUUGGUGUCAUGACCAGAGGAACAAUCAUUGAGGUCAAUGUGAGUGAGCUUGGUCUUGUUACACCAGCUGGAAAAGUUGUCUGGGGGAAAUACGCUCAAGUGACGAACAAUCCAGAGAAUGACGGAUGUAUAAAUGCAGUUUUACUUGUGUAA